GGCCUCUCGAGCCAGCAGGAGGCGCUGCAGCAGCAGGCGCUGCUGCAGGCCGUGGCGGGGCAGCCCGCGGACGCGCUGCUGCAGCAGCUGGCGGCGCUGCAGCAGCUGGGCGGCGGAGGGCUGCAGCAGCUGGAAGCGCUGCAGCCGCUGGACGGCGGAGGGCUGCAGCCGCUGGUGCUGCAGGCCGCCGCACAGCUGGACCCGCUGCAGCAGCUGCUCGCCUCGCAGCCGGCGGGCUCCGUGCUGCAGCAGCUGCUGGCCGCCCAGCAGCAGGGCGCGCCGCUGCUGGAGCAGCCGAGCGAGGCCGUCGCCCAGGCCAGCGAUCAUCGACGAGGCUGGGCUUUCUACGGGCGCUGGCCGAGAUGUUUAGGGCGACGAGAUCUAUACAUAUCCACCGCC